AUAUCUUUACUUUCAGUUAUGAUAUUUCAGAGGAAAUCCCAGAGUUUGAAGAAACCCCUUGUGGGGAUACCAGAAGGUGAUCAGGUGAAGAGGAAUUUGACUCUUCCGGGUUUGAGUGAGGUUUUUAGGGGGGGGAAAUGGAGUGACAGGUGGGAAGGUUUUUAUGAAUUUCUGAAUUAAGAAUGAUCUGAACGAGGGAUCGUUAUUCAAAAUGGGAGAUAAUCUAAAGAAGCUACCUUGUAUUAAGCAAAUAGACUUGAAUCCUGAACCUAGAGUUCAGAAGAAAGGAUCAAGAAAUCAUGAGGGUUUUAAUACAAUGGUGGCGUCACCACAAAUCAUCCUUAAUUUGGAUAAGAUCUCAACAAGCAAGCUAAAAGAAGUCAGUCACCAAGCAAAUCUGAGUGAUUCAUCUCUCUGAGACUCAUUUUCUAAGUCCAAAAAUGUUCUUGAAAGCUUUGACUACCCUAAAUUACCCUCCAGACCUCAGUCAGCCAGAUUCCACUGCUCCUUUCCAAAAUGUCAAAAAUUCUUCAGCACUCCCAUUGCCAGAGACUCUCACUUGAGGUACCAUUACAAGGACCGUCCCCACCACUGCCACCUCUGCUCAAAGAGCUACACUCAAAACGGUAACUUAAUCAAACACUUGAGGAGUCAUGCCACUCCAAACAUCGACCGCAGAAGAGUCCAUACAUGCGAGUUCUGCAACAGGGGAUAUACUGAGAAGUACAAUUUGAAGAUAUUAAAUAGCAUUACUAUCUUAUCAUGCUUGUAUAGAGCCAUCAACUAA